AUGAGUCAACAGGCAAAAACAGAGCCGUCACACGGGGGGUACAGCAGGUGUGGCCCCGGGUACCCGCUGAGAAAAUGGUGGCUGUCCAGUCGACUUUUCAAUCAGGAUGUUGGCCUGCCGCCUUUCCUGGAGCCUGGAGAUGCUUGGUGGAGGAAUAUAGACUGGCUCCAGAGGAGUUUGGCAACCUCGGCUUGGCCAGGGUACAUACCUGCUCCACUGUAUGUGCCCUACAUCUCUGGGUCGACGCAUCAGACCAGUCAGAAGAUUAGUAAGGAGCCGUGCAAGUGGAGGGUCAUCCUGGACGUGGCCCACUUCUGCCCCUCUGAGAUUUCUCUCAGUGUCAAAGAUGGAUUCCUGGUGGUUGGAGGGAAGCAUGAGGAGAGGCAAGAUGAGCACGGGUUUAUUGCCAGAUCUUUCACACGGAAGUACAGGCUCCCUGAUGAAAUCGAUGGCACCGAAAUCACGUCCACACUUUCUGUUGACGGUAUCCUGACCAUGGAAGCUCCUGUUCCAGAGGCAUCGGUUCCUGCUGCCACUAUCAUUCCCAUUAAGUUGGAGAUGGAGGCAACGGGAGAACAGGAGGAGAAACGGGAGGAAGAAGAGACCCCUGAAAAAGACUCAGAUAGUAGCAGAGGAGCAGAAGCCAUAGAUUGUGUAUGUGCAGAGGAUCAUGAGGUGGAGUCUCCACUAGAGGCCCACAGUGAUCAGGUCCAACCUGACAGUGCUACAGCUGAUCUCCAGCAACACGAGGAGAGGGGGGAGCAGGAGCAGCAGGAGGAGGAAAUCCAUGCAAAGAUAGCCGGAGAAGCCCACCCUUCAGUGUCUGCAGAGAUUCUUCAAGAUUCCUCUAAGCAGCACGAAGACCUGGAAAACCAAGAAAACCCAGAUACAGACGUGUCCAAGCAGCCAGAACACAAAGAACCAGCCACAAAUGGAGAGAUCCAGAUGAUGGAUCCAGAUCAUGGAUCAGCUGAGGCUGCCAAGGAGAUCAACUUGCCUGAGGAGCAGGAGCUGGGCAAAGGUCCACUGAGUGAAGUCACGAGCCAGGACCUGGAGACUCCAGACAUAAAACAAGAAGAACACACUGAGUAG